AUGAAAAAUGAAUGCUCAUGCGCAAUUGAACUGCGCAAAGGUAAUUGGUUUCUAAAAACUAUAGAAAUUGAUUUUUCAGUGACAGUUUCAAAUCAUUAUAUUUCAAUAAAAAUCGACAAGGUUGUGAUGUGGCCCUUCAAAGAUAGAGAAUGGAGUGGUGCCAUAAGAUUAGGUGUAACCACCAAUGAUCCGUCCAAACUCUCAACAAAGGAACUUCCCCGCUAUGCAUGUCCAGAACUGACCAAUCAGAAGGGUAACUGGGCACGCGCAUUAAGCGAACAUUAUGCUGAAGCGGGGAACAGAAUUACAUUUUACGUCGACUCCAAUGGUCAGAUGCAUUACUUCAUCAAUAAUGCACAUAAAGGAUUAUUCCUCAAUCACAUUCCUACAAACAAUCCCCUUUGGCUUCUCUUUGAUGUUUACGGCAAUACUAGCUUUGCUAGAUUCGUCCCGGCAGAGGAAGCCCCUGUUGAAAUCCUUGCUCGUGGACCCGAUGCCCUCCAUGCCUACCAUACAGCUUGCGAGAGUGGCACGCAACCAAAUUUCAAAACGAGGCUGAUGAUUGUAGGACAAGACCGUGUCGGCAAAACCAGUUUGAAAAAAGCCUUAACUGGGCAAAAAUACAAUGUAUUAGAGGAGAGAACAGACGGCAUUGACUUGUCAUCGUCCUGUAGUUUCAACCUGCGUGAUCGUUCUAAAUGGCAGAUUGCUAUUAAUACCCCUGGUGACACCGAGUCUAAAGAAACAAGUCCCCAAGAUGUCCUCACAGAAGGGAAUGGUACUGCUGAAGCUCUGGAAGAGGAGUACCACAGAGCUAUAGCCACAAACAUAGUACAGGAACUGCUGUACAAGAAAAAGGAGAGAGAGAAGGAAAAACAGCAUUUGAAAGCCCAGGGUGAAGUACAGCACAAUACAGGGAGGAGGGAGUCUAGGAGUAGCCACAGUGGACGUACCAGUGCAACAACUAAGAGAAAAUUAGAGAAAAAGGAGAGCAUAAGCCACAAUGUUCCAUUGCAUUCAGAUGACAUUCCUAGUAAUGAACUGUUAAAGGAGAUGCCAGAGGGAGUAGUUACUCUGGUGCAACAGAUGUGGAAAGAACGAGAGAAUAACCCAAGAAAAAACUCUGCAUCUGCUCCAAGCAGUGCUAGUUCACGUAACCCUAGUCAUAAUAUUAAAUUAAAUAUAUGGGAUUUUGCCGGCCAAGCUGUGUACUAUACGACCCAUCAAGUGUUUCUAUCAUCUAGGGCGGUUUAUAUUAUAGUGUUUAAUCUCUGCAAUGACCUAGAUGAAUUAGCUAAACCAAGAGCCAAAUCAGAAAAUAGUCAGGAGAUUGAAUGGGAUGUCUCUGAACUGACUAACUUAGACUACAUUGAGCAUUGGGUGUGUUCCAUACAUGCGCAUGCCGCACAGAAUACACGAAACAGCAUUGAUAAUACUACCUUAUCGCCACCUAUAUUUAUAGUUGGCACGCACAGAAACAGUCUUGAUCCUGACCCAGAAAUCAGGAAAAAAUUAAUUGAUCAUAAAUUCCGUCGUAUACAGGAAGUGUUUGAGAAUAAACCUCACCAGUGUCAUAUAAUCGGCACAUGUUACUCAGUAGAGAACAGUCUAGACACUGAAGAUUCACAGGUGUUAGAAUUGCGAUGCCAUCUUGAGGACAUAGCUAGCAAGCAACCAUAUAUGGGCGAACAGAUCCCCAACAAAUGGCUGCGCUUUGAACAGGCUGUAGCAAAACUGGUGGAGGAGGGAACAUAUUUUGUCUCUCUUGAUCAGAUUGGGGAAGUGGCCCAGGAGGAAGGUAUUACUACGGACCAAGAACUGAAGACACUGUUAGAAUUCUAUCACGAUCUAGGCCAGAUAAUAUACUAUGGUAAUAGUUGCGGCGCUCUUGACAACACGUUACGUAACACAGUUAUUCUGAAACCACAAUGGCUCGUGAAUAUGUUCAGGAAAGUGAUUACUGUCAAACCAAUGGAACAUCAGUGGGUAGAGCACUUGGAGGCUUGUCAGAAGCUAGAGGAGUUUGGUGUUCUAGAGAGUGUCCUAGUGGAUGACAUAUGGUCAGAUGUGGCAGACCAGAAAGCUGCCCUACUUGGACUUAUGGAGAAAUUUGAUCUGAUAUGUGAGCGUCUUCCUCCUAAAAAUGCUAAUAAAGAUGAAUCUCAGAUACAUAGUAAGACAUACUAUGUACCAUCUCGACUGAAGAAACUUGACAAAUCCGAGCCACUGUAUAUACUAGGAAAGCAAGAUGUAGAGUUCUACUUAGAUUUUAAUGGAUUCCUGCCAGAUGGUCUAUUCCACCGAAUGUUAUGUCGUGCUGUAAGAUGGUCACAGGAAAGUGGAGGAUAUGAGCCCAAGAUUUACCACAGACUGGCAAGGUUCUUCAUAGAUCCUGAACAUGACUUUGUACUAGAAAUGCAACCAAUGAAGUUUGCCAGAAUGAAGGUAACAAUUUUGCGAGUUGCUGAUUUGCGUGACGCUGAUGAGGUUUCAGAUAAUGGGGGACAUUUCCCUCCACCAGAACCUGCAGUCUGUGCUAGGGUGCGAAAUUUCCUAGAUAGUGUUCUCUUUGAGCUGAAAGAAAUGUGGAUGAGGAGGAUAUCUUACAAAGCCUGCAUAGAAUGCACCUGUGACAAGAAGUGCACCAAACAUAAACGCAUUUCAUGCUCUGAUAUCUCCUGUAUACAUUUCUUGGACCUGGAUGAAUGUUUGGCAAACAAGAUUGUAUGUUGCGAUUACAAGCGAAUCAAGACGGCACCAUAUAGAAAAUUGUUUCCAGAACCUUCUCCGAUUGUGACUGAAGGACCAAUUAUUCCCGACACAGUUAUAAAGGAGGCUGAUGGGAACAUUGAAGCGAAAGGACCUGAACUGCCAUCAUGGGUGAAAGGAGCUGCUAAGAUGUUAAAUGGUGGAUCUGAGGGCCAGGAUUGGACUGCAUUGGCAAAGAAAUUAGGAUAUAAAAAGUUCAAAAUCGACAAGUUUAACGAUGAUCUCAACCCUGGUCUAAUGCUGCUUGCUGAUUGGAUAAUAACUAGUGGAAACACAUCACUUUCCAUUGAUAUGAUGGUUUCCUACUUGGAGCAAAUGUUUCGCGAUGACAUCGUGGAGAUUAUUCAAAAAGGAAGAGAAGCAGAGCUUGAGCCCCCUCAGGUGUUUAUCAGCUACCAAUGGGACAUCCAAGAUGAGGUGACGGGAUUGCGAGAUCGACUGGAGAAAAGUGGCUACAAUUGCUGGAUGGAUAUUGGACAAAUGGGAGGUGGAGACCAACUUAACGCUAAAAUUGAUGAGGGCAUAAGAAAUGCAAAGGUUGUUAUAGCAUGUGUUAGCCCCAAGUACAUAGUGUCCCAUCACUGCAACAGAGAGCUGAGUCUCGCAGAUCUACUACAUAAAGCUAUCAUUCCAGUGAUGUUUGACAGAGUCCCCUGGCCCCCACCAGGUGGCAUGUCCCUUGUCUUUUCUCAGCUGGUCUAUGUAGAUAUGAAAGGUAUAGGGGGUCAUGGAGGAUCAGGUAUUCAUGCAGAUCUUGAAUCGCGUUAUGCUGAGAUUAUCCAGCGCUUAUCACGAUAUGCUAUCCCUUCACCUCGCAAAUCUGUUGAAAUGACUCCCCAGAUUACACAACUUAAUGCUAAAAAUUCCAACCAUUCUCAAUCGACUUUAUCAAGUGGUGAUAGAUACAGUUCAAACAGUGAACCACUAGUUAUACCAGAUUAUGCCGUUGGACGUGAUCAACGAACUAAUCCCACAAAUCGAAAUAUGUCACAUGGGAGUAUGGGAAGCAGGCAGACUGGUGUACAACAGGUGCAUGUUCAGAAAUGUGCAGUGUGUACAAUACUCUAGUGGAGUGGAGAUACAGUGUGUACAAUACUCUAGUAGAAUGGAGAUACAGUGUGUACAAUACUCUGGUGGAAUGGAGAUACAGUGUGUACAAUACUCU